AUGAAGGAGAUUGCAGUUGAUUUUGAGAGAGAGAAUGAGUCUGGAAAGGUGAAUGAACUUGAAAACACCGUUGCAGAGCUGUUGGGGACUUACGAAGAUUGUAGGCAUUAUACUUCUGCUAUUGAAUCUGUUGGUAACACAUACCAGCCUGGGGCAGAGUUAACUGAUUUCAAAAAGUUGCUUAAUGAUGAGUUUACAAAGUUGAAGGGUAAUCAAUCCUCAGCCCCGCAGAAUCAUCCGCUUAUACGUCAACUUAGAGAAGCUGUAUGGCGGUGA